AUUUGAUCCCUCACUCAUAUCAUUGCAGCACACCUACGCUAAGUUCCUCACAAUCAUGAAGAUUAAGACUGCCAUCCUCAUCUCCUGCUUGGUGAUUCUCACCACUGCCACGUUCGUCGCUGCCGCUUCGUACAAACAUGAGUGUGUGAACGAGACCGACUAUCCUGUUAGUAUCUCACUCAAGGCUGCAGUGGGUCUCAAGCUCAGCGUCAGCGGUGUGAUCAAAAUUGCCGCACACACUGUCUACACUGUCUUGUACACAGUUACCGGCCUGAUCAGCUCUGUCCUCGGAUUGACAUGGAAAAUCACCUGCGUGGUCGGAGGCGUGGUGCACAGCAUUGAUGUCAAAGUACCUUUCAAUGCUUCUGUGAAGAUCUACGCAACUGUAUCCGGAGAUAUUGCCAUUGCUGUCAACGGUGCUUUCAAGGGUUACUUGAUGCAUUACUAGAUUCGAAAGUAGUGAAGUUGAUGGAAUUGUGCAAUGUGAAGCCAAUUCGGAGGCCGGGUAACAAAUAAUUUCGUCGGGGCAGGGAUGAGUGCGAGCUUGAAAUACUUGUCUUUCGGUUACAGUCCAGAUAACUAUAUCACGCGGGGGCUGUCAUAGGGUAUUUAAUGUAUUUUAGCUCAGUCGCUGAGUAGAGGUUGCGC